UGAAAACAUGGCGGUGGCCAAACGAACGUGGAGAUUAGAAUUGUAACGUUUUUCGUGCGUUUUGGUCGAUUUUUUGAGAUCUGAAAGCGAUAUUGUUAUUUUAAAUAAUGGAAGGUAGAGACAGAGAAGACUUUGAUGGAGGAAAUGAGUCCCGGGGCUUCACAAACUGGGAGAAACAAUGCAUUGAGCAGCUCGAGUCCCAACCCGAUGUCGACGACAGAUCAGCAAUUGAAAAAGAACAAGCCUUGCAGCGUUUGAGGAAUCUGUUUCAGAACGCAGCAACGGCUUGUGCCCAGCUUUAUAAAGAGCGACAGAAUCGGAGCCAAACUUAUGAUCGUUUAUGGAGCCCUUUCCAAGACACUGCAAAUACUAUAACGCUUCUUUAUAAAGAUGGUGCUGAUGCCUAUAAGCGCGGCUUGGACUUGGGCUUCCAGUCUGGAUAUCAAAAGCGCAGUAAAGAUGUCCUUUCUUGGGCUAAGAAGAAAAAGAGAAUUAUUCUUCGUGAGGAGUUGUUGUCAUAUUUGGCUGGCCGUUCACCUCCAAGACGGAAUCAUGAGGCAAGACACACUUCAAGUACAACGUUAGGAUCAAAUUCAAUGGUUCUGCCAUCUGGAAUGGACUCUGAUAUUUUAGACACAGAUGCACAGUACUAUGGGACACCUCUAGAUACCUUUACCGUUCGACCUGAACUUAAUACAGCUGCUUACCUCUCUGCUGGUGGGGGCCUGAAUUCUUAUCAUAGUCCUCGCCGCAGAAGCCACUCUGACACAAACUUUGGAGAUACUGAAGUUAGGGAAGGAAGAAAACGAUCAGCAUGUUCAACAGACAUUGUUAUGGAGUCGCCUUCACACAAACGAAACCGCUACUACUAAAGAGAUUGCCAUAAACAUUAUUUGUCCAUAAAUUUUUCCAGAAUAACCGUACAAGAUGAAAACAAGCUACUAUGUUACUGGGAGAUUGAAGUUUCAGUUUUGUAAAGAUUUUGGUAAAGUUACCAAGAUUAACUGAGUUGUGCUGUGUAUGAUGAAAAUGAUUAUAGUAAAUAGUGUGUUGAAAUACUAUAAACCUGUUAUCACAGCAGUCUUUCUUCUAAAACAAGCAUUCUGAGACAGAAGCUCAUACCCAUACCCAAUGAGUCACAACUACUUAUUGGGACAAAUAACUUGUUUAAGUUCGAGCUUCUCUCUUAGAUACAUCUGUUUCAAUAAGUUUUAAAGUAGACAGCAAAAACCACAAAGUUGGAGGCUAAUAGAAGUUCAAUCUUUAGUCUCAUGUCGUUAAUUUGAAAGAAAAUAGUAGGCAAUUUAGUUUCAUAUAAAAGGCAAUUUUGCCGGUUGCAAGCUCUAAUUGAAACCUUGUGUAUUUCAAUGGUAGCAGUAACUGCAAAGGAAGGAAGCUGUAAGGUAAAAAAUGAUUUUAUUUAACCUUUGAAACACGACAAAUAACAAUUGAUGAUUUUACUGUCCAAACAAGACAAAUCAAUGGAAGUGAGGAUCAGCAGUCCAUCUUCUAGUUACUUGCUCCCCUAUUUAAAAGCAUGGAAAAAACUUUUAUCCAAAUAACAAAGCUUCAAGCUGAAAAGUGCACAGCUUUACCUUCAGUGCAAUGCUUGAAGGCUAAACAGUGUUGCGCUAUGAUGUGCAGGUCAUCAUCCCAUUGUCCUCAGAUUUAACUGCUAUCCCAUGAUAUGGGUAACAAUUGGCUUUUAGAUGUACAGCUGUAAAGUUUUUCACAUACUAAAACAAAAAGUGUUGUGCUUUAAUUUGUACACAGCCCUCCUGUGGUCUUAAGGUGGACCAUCUUGAUUCUUUAGAAUGUUUAGUUGUGAGAGAAAAACUACAAACAGAAGAGCUGUGUUGCAGGUGAUGGCAAUAUGUUUAUACUUUUAAUUAUCUUGUAUUCUGGCUUCAACAUCAGCAUAACAGUUGGGAGAGAGAGAGCAAUGGGCAAUGUUAAUUCUACUGAAAAGUGAAUUU